AAAUAUUUCCCAGGGAAAAAAAAGUUAACACAGGAUAUAAGCAUCAAUGACUUCCGUCCCAGUUCUAGCCCCAGCACAGCCCCAGCUGAACACACCAGCGCCAGCACUGCCACCAUGACUGGUGCUCCACCAGCCCCCUGACCCAGGCCAGCCCCCAGACAGCGCCAUCCCUGGCUGCGAAGUUCUGUUGUCUGGGUCAACGCUGUGCGUGGCGGGCGGUGGAAGGCGGACCACAGUGAGACAGCUGCGAGAAAGCUCGAUGAAAAGUAGGCAUAGUGUGUGUCUGUGCACUCAGUUGCAUCAGAGACCCUCUCUGGUUGCAUACGCGAUAAUACCUGGCUCGACAAACUGCUGAUAGCCUGGCGCGUUGUAACCUACUCGUGCGACGGAGCGCUCUGUUGGUCUGUUUGAUUUCAAUCAAGGCCUGGCCUGGGCAGGGCAUGAUUGGCCACACGAUCAGUAUCAUAGACGCAAGAGCCACAAUGACGUCAGCAGCAGUGACCUCCUUCCUCGCGGCCGCCACUCUCUUAUUGGCCGGCAACCAUCACGUGACCCAGGCCAAGACAGUUGUCUUGUUCUCUCCCCCUCACACCGCUAACGUGCGCACAUACACCAACACAGGCCGCGCCCUGGCCGCGCUAGGACAUGACGUGUACGUCCCUGUGCCGGACUUCAUGCUCAAAGACAACUCCGUCAACGUGCAGGGCAUCAACGUCAUCCGGUACGGCGAAUAUCUCGGUCAUUUCGACGAAAAGAUCGGACAGAAGGUCAUGGACAACUUCUGGAGGAACCAGUCUGUGGGUCUUAAAGAUAUCCCAGGGUACAUCAAGUUGGUCGAAGACUUGGCUACUCAAAUUUUGUCAGAUAAACAGCUGAUUGAAAAAUUCAAAGAAAUUAAGCCGGAUAUGUUUGUUUUGAUGAAGCAUCCUAUGGUUAGAGAUUUUGUCAUUUUCCCCUAUAUGUUGAAUGUUCCUUUUUCGUUUUUGUGUUAUUUCAACGAUUAUAUUGGACAAAGGGUUCCGGUCAGUCUGUCCUCCUCACCUUUGCACAUGAAUGGUGAUUUUCUAGAACAGGGUAUGACUUUCAUCCAACGUCUUAAGAAUAGCAUGGUUCAUUUUCUUUUUCUUUUUCUCCACGAGUACACAUCCAGUGAUAAAAGUGUGGCAAGGUUCGCACCUCACCGACCCAGAAUAUCUACCAAGGAGAUCAUGUCCCAGGCGGAAAUUUUCAUCGUGGAGAGUGACCCCAUUAUGGAUUUCGCUCGUCCGCAGCUGCCAAAUACCAAAUUUGUGGGAAGCACAGCGGGGACUUCCCCGAAAGAACUCAAAGAGCCGUUCAAAAGCUUCAUGGAGAAAUCUGUGAACGGCGUGGUCGUGGUUACGUUCGGAAGCAGCAUUCUGGAGAUACCGGACUAUAUUGCCUCCAAGAUGGAGUCGGUGUUCCUGAAGCUGAAACAGAACGUGGUUUGGCGUGUGAAACUCCAGUCUCCUGAUCCGGGUAAGAUUCUUACGUCUUCCUGGGUACCGCAAAAUGACCUCCUAGGGCACAAGAAUACCAAGCUCUUCGUCUCCCACUGCGGUAUGAACGGACAGUACGAGGGAAUGUACCACGCCGUGCCAACACUUUGCCUGCCUUUUGGGAAUGACAUGCCGUACAAUGCUCAAAGGGGCGUUGCCAGAGGUUUUGGUCUAAAGGCCGACAUCCGUGAGGUCACAGACAUAGAGCUUCUGGCGCUGAUGAGAGAAAUGCUGGAGAACAACAAGUAUAAGAAAAACAUACAGAAAGCCUCGGACCUUUACAAAGAACUGUAUAAGAGUCCGGUCAACGAGACGGCAUUCUGGUUGGAUCACGUGAUGAAGUAUGGUGGCGCCUACAUGAGGUCAGCAGGUCAAAACAUGCCCAUGUACCAGUUCCUGGCGCUAGACGUUCUGGCGUUUUUAGCGGUUGUGAAUGUGGUUGUUGUUCUGUUGGUGUACAAGACAUGUCGCUGUUGUUGUGGAAUAUGUUGUGGCAAGAAGAGGAAAUCAAAGAGUGAUUAGUUAGGGUGUACUUGCAUG